AUGGUGUACCAAAUUACAGUGGAACCGGGAAAAGACAAUAAUGAACCCAGGGAAAGUCUUUACGACGCCAUUACUCCACUCAAAGAACUGGCAAUAAACGAAAAUACGACAAACUUAAUGGUAGCACACUCCAACGCGCAACGGUCUCUGGAGUUGCGGAAAACAAUUGAAUGUAUUUUUUUAAAUACAAACAUAGACAUCCAGUUAUGCACUUCUCAACGCCAACCUGUACCAAACAAGAGAGAGCUUAAAAAGAAAGCUCCAAAACAACCUUCCACUGGCUUCGUUGUGACAUGCGAAGGCAUAGAGAUGACGUAUGCAGAGCUUUUGAAGGAUAUUAAAAAUAAACUGCAAGUGGCAGGAGGUCUAGACAAAGUGAACUCCGUCAGGAAAACAAAAGCAGGUGACUUAGUCCUUUCAUUGAAAGAAGGUGAAAUGGAAGUCAAAAGCAUUAUAACGAAACAACUUGAGAGGACAAAUGCUCGUAUCGUGGAUCAUCGCAGAACAAUACUAUAUGUUAAGCACCUCGAUGCAAUAACAACAGCUGAAGAACUCCAAGAAAGACUGCGCGCGGAGGCAGGAAAUGAAGACGUAACUGUCCGAUCCAUGAGACCGGCAUAUGGUGAGACUCAAUCGGCUACGGUUGAAGCAUACGAAGAAACUGCAGAGCACCUCUGUAAAAUAGGAAGAAUAAAUGUAGGAAUGGUGUACUGCUUUGUUAGCAGAAGAUUGGAUGUCCGGAGGUGUCAUCUCUACUGGAGUUAUGGACAUAUUGCAACUAACUGCCGCGGCGAAGACAGGAGAAAUAAAUGCUAUAACUGCGAACACGAGGGACACAUGCAUGCAAGAACCCAGCUUAUUGUCCUCUUUGCAAUGAAGACCACAGGGCAGGCACUGGUGCCUGCUGGUCAUUCGGUAAAGCUCUUAGACAGGCAAGAAACGCUCAAUCAUGAUUAA